GCUGGGGAGGGGCGGACGUGUCAGCCUAUGUUGGUGCUCCAGGCUCAUAGGUGUACGGGAUAGUCCCUGAUAACAUGUCCCUACCGCCCGAGAAAGCCGCGGAGCUGAGGCGGAUCGUCCAUGAGCAGCUGAGCUGGGUGGAUGUUCAUAGCAAAAUCCGUGAGGUGCUUGCAGAGACACUAAAGGAUGAAUUAGGGGAUGAAAGCCAUAACCUCUCAGAAGAUGAUGUGAUGGCGGCAUUAAGGCGGAGAGGCAUUCUUGAUGACUUUAUGAAAGAACUGCAUUUCCUUGAGGAUGGUCCCUCACGAGACCUCACCUCUACGCCAAAACCAGCAACACAUUUCUUAGAUAAAGAACACAAGCGACUGAAAAAAGUAAGCCCAAACCCUAAUAUAGACCCAUCGCGGAGAUAUCUUCAUCUCCAGGUCUUGGGUGGGAAAGCAUUUCUGGAACAUCUUCAAGAAUCUGAUCCUCUCCCUGGCCAGGUGUGCUCCACAUUUACUCUUAGCCUGCACUUUAGGAACCAACGUUUUGGUUCCAAACCUGUCCCUUGUGCCUGUGAACCAGACUUCCAAGAUGGCUUCCUGAUGGAACUGCGUAAAGACAGCUUAGGUGAUGGCAGCAGAAUGGCAGAUGCCACUAGCCUCUUGUCAAUCUCUGAUCCUGUACAGCUGGUGUUGAUCAAGACCGAUACGUCUGGAGAAACCACUUUAGUAGCGUCCCAUUUUCUGGAGUGGCGCUCAGUACUGGGAAUCGAUAGGGGAGUGACAAGCCUUGCUGUGGAGCUCAAAGGUGUAGGAGCCGAGUGUAAAAUUCCUGUUGGGGUAUUAAACGUUAAACUUGAGCUACAUCCGCCUCUGACUCAGACAUUAUCUCCAGAGGUUGUCAGCACACAGCUGACACUAGAGCGACAGAAGACAGCAGAGAAGGAACGUUUGUUCUUGGUCUACGCAAAACAAUGGUGGAGGGAAUAUCUUCAGAUUCGUCCAUCCCACAAUUCAAGACUUGUGAAGAUCUUUGCACAGGAUGAAAACGGACUUAACCGACCCGUGUGCUGUUAUGUGCGCCCCCUUAGAGCAGGACGCCUGUUGGACACACCCCGGCAAGCGGCGCGCUUUGUAAAUGUCCUAGGCUAUGAAAAGGCCCCGGUUGUUGGUGGAGGUGGUAAACAAGAACAGUGGUGCACUAUGCUGGCAUUCCUUUGUAGAAAUAAGGGUGAUUGUGAAGAUCAUUGCACCCUCCUUUGCAGCCUUCUUCUUGGUUUUGGUUUAGAUGCCUACGUGUGUGUUGGUACUAAAGGAAAAGGAGUAGCCCACACCUGGGUGAUGACGUAUGGAACAGAUGGAGCAGUUACUUUCUGGGAGAGUUUGACAGCACAAAGAUAUGUCCACAAACCUGUCAACCCACAUGAUCCUCCCCUGGUGGAGCAGCCAAAGCCUCUCUACCCAUACAAAACCAUUGGGUGCAUUUUCAACCACCAGCGAUUCUUGGCCAACUGCCAGCCUUCAGAUUCGGUUGAUUUCUCUGUGUUUGACCUGAAUGAUGAAUCCAGGUGGAAACCGAUGAGUGAAGAAGCCAUUAAAUCCAUAUGUUCCCCAGGAUCUACCGCCUCUCUUCCUCCAUUUCCUCCGCUCUGCAGCUCGCUGCUUGAUGGACCUGCAGAAAGUAAUGAGAUUGAAUUGCAGCUGCGUGUUCUUAUAACUGAGCACAGGAAGGAUCUAGGUCUCACCACAGUUUGGGAUGAUCAGCUGUCUUACUUACUGUCUCCCGCCCUUGCUGCAUAUGAAAUAGAACGUACCACAGGGAUCUCAGCAGGAAAUGAAGAGUUUCAGGAUGCUAUCAGGAGAGCAGUACCCGAUGGGCACACUUUUAAAGGAUUUCCCAUUCACUUUGUUCACCGAAACGCAAGAAGGGCAUUUGCUACUUGCCUGCGAUCCCCUUUCUGUGAUGAGAUUGUUGGCUGUCGUGGAGAUCAGUUGCGGCUUGCUGUUCGUGUACGAGUUUUCACUUACCCUGAAUCAGCAUGCGCCGUGUGGAUAAUGUUUGCCUGUAAAUAUCGCUCUGUGUUAUGACACAUACCUAUUUCAUCUGUAUAAUAAUACCUUUAAAUCGCAUUCACAAACUGUGUACAAAAAAUUGUAUCCUGUAAUUGUUUUUUUUUUAUUGUUUUUUUAUACAGUUUUAUUUAUAAGAUGUAUAUUUUCUUACAGUGGAUCUAUCUUUAUAUAAUAAACUAUAUUGGAAGUGCAAGUCUUUCUCAC